ACCGCAACAUCUAUCAGAAUUUGUUUCUACUUGACAACAUGAUUAUGCUUCUUUCCAUUUUUGCCACGACACAAGAACAUAAUUUAACGACUAACCAAGAACAUAAUUUUUCUACUGCAGCAUUUCUGUUUUAUGCAGCUUUGGUAAUAACAGUUACUUUUAUCCUUAUCUUCCACUUCAUUCCUCUCUAUGGCCAGACACACAUAAUGGUUUAUAUCGGUGUUUAUUCCCUUAUAGGUUCUAUAACGGUUAUGAGUGUUAAGGCUCUUGGAAUUGUCAUAAAGUUAACAAUGUCUGGGAUGAAUCAGCUAAUUUACCCUCAAACUUGGGCAUUCUCUCUAGUUGUAAUUGUUUGUGUUCUUACCCAAAUGAAUUAUUUAAAUAAGGCAGUGGAUACUUUUAAUGCGGCAGUGGUAUCUCCCAUAUAUUAUGUUAUGUUCACAGCAUUUACCAUUGUGGCUAGUGUUAUUAUGUUUAAGGAUUUAUUGCAUAUGCCCUUAAUUAUGGACUCAUUACAUGGUGAGGAAGGUUUUAGCACUGCUUUAUGA